UCUGAGCUAGCAUAGCAAUGAGCUAAAAUACGUAAUUUCUUUUUACUCUAUUUUAACAGAGAGUAAGAAAUCGAUAAAAACGAGCAGUGAAGCAAAAGUGUCGAUCUGGCACCGGAGCGCGUCCUUUUUCCAUCUUCGAACUGAUUCGAUCUGUCUCGACCAAAGGUGUCUAUCUAUUGCCCUUUUCCAUCUUAAACUUCUUCUGGAAUUCUAUUGAUUCUGCCAUAGCCGCCUCUUGCUCUGGUCCCUGAAUCUAGAACUCGAGUGAAAGUUAGUAGAAGAAGAAGAAAAGUAUGUUGAGAAUUAUAAGGCAAAAAAGGAUUCUGCCUGCGGCUUCAUCAUUGAGGGGUUACUCAUCCGCUUCUAAACAGAUGAUGGUUAGAGAAGCUCUGAACUCUGCUCUUGAUGAGGAAAUGUCAGCUGAUCCUAAAGUCUUUUUGAUGGGAGAAGAGGUUGGGGAAUAUCAGGGCGCAUAUAAGAUAUCUAAAGGGCUUUUGGAGAAGUAUGGUCCUGAAAGGGUUCUUGAUACUCCAAUUACUGAGGCUGGAUUCACCGGCAUCGGAGUUGGUGCUGCUUACUAUGGUCUUAAGCCAGUUGUUGAGUUUAUGACUUUUAACUUCUCUAUGCAGGCAAUUGACCAUAUCAUUAACUCUGCAGCAAAAUCAUGUUACAUGUCUGCUGGCCAGAUAUCUGUGCCUAUAGUUUUCAGAGGACCAAAUGGUGCUGCUGCAGGAGUUGGGGCUCAACACUCUCAAUGUUAUGCUUCAUGGUAUGCCUCCUGUCCUGGGUUGAAAGUGCUGGCCCCUUACUCAUCUGAAGAUGCUCGUGGAUUGCUGAAAGCUGCCAUAAGGGACCCUGAUCCUGUGGUUUUCCUUGAAAAUGAGUUAUUAUAUGGUGAGUCGUUUCCUGUUUCAGCUGAAGUACUUGACUCUAGUUUUUGCCUUCCUAUAGGAAAAGCCAAGAUUGAGAGAGAAGGAAAGGAUGUGACAAUCACAGCCUUCUCAAAAAUGGUGGGCUAUGCUCUCAAGGCAGCUGAGAUACUUGCAAAGGAUGGAAUCAGUGCUGAGAUUAUAAAUUUGCGCUCAAUUAGGCCACUAGAUAGACCUGCAAUCAAUGCUUCAGUCCGGAAAACCAGCAGGCUGGUGACAGUUGAAGAAGGAUUCCCCCAGCAUGGUGUUGGGGCCGAAAUCUGUGCAUCUAUUAUCGAAGAAAGCUUUGGCUAUCUUGAUGCACCAGUUGAGAGAAUUGCUGGAGCUGAUGUUCCCAUGCCCUAUGCAGCUAAUCUUGAGAGAAUGGCUGUACCUCAGGUCGAGGAUAUAGUCCGUGCAGCAAAGAGAGCUUGCUACAGAUCCAAGCCAAUGGCUGCAGCUCAGUAAUCCAGUCUAGAAUCAUUAUUAAAUUCAGGAAUUCUGGAGAAUGUAAUUUUUGCCCCCUUAUUUACACAUUUAGGGAGGAACAUCCCAUUGAAUAACUUGGGGAAUGCUGAAGAUGAUGGUAGUUGUGGCUUUGUUUUGUCAAAAUCGGGUACUUGAUUAGGACCUAUUUUAUACUGAAGCCAGAAUUUAACUUUACAUGUCACCGAACUAUAUUACUGAUGUUCAAUAAGGAGAGUUUAAAAUUGAAUAUGCGAUAAUGAAAGCACUUGAAAUUGUCUGAGAUAAGGAGAAGUCAUCUUCCUGCAGUUUUUGGAAAUAUGCUAGGAGAGAUUCUCUAUUGAGUUUUAUUGAUGAUGAACGAAAAUGAAGUAGUGAGCUCAAAUUUAUGUUUGACAAAGUUGUGAGAAUCGAUUUAACUGUGUUAUUUUCCUUUUGGUGGUG